GCAGGCCGCUCCGAAUCAGCUGAAAGCAAUCAUGAGGUGAUAGCUGACUGACAAAAAGUCAGUCAUGCUGCCAUUUAUGGUGGCUCGUGGAAGUUAUCAGCAAGCAACUAGAGGAACCAAAAAGAAAUGGAAGAGUCGCUCUUUGAAGUUGUGCCGUGCGGUGCAAAUCACAUCCCAUCAGGUCGUCAGCUGCCCCGCACUCCUCCUCUGACGAGUGCAAAGAGACAUUUGGAUUUUGAGGAUGUGGAACCUGUGAUGCCAAACAGCAACGCAGAGGCAGGUGGAGCUGUUGAGGUGCUUGGUUGUAGCAGUCUUAAAAUGGAGAACCCUUAUACCAUGCUGAAGGGCAUGAAGGGGUAUCAUCUCACUCCUGAUGACCUAAACUUCAUCAAGAAAAAGGCGGAGGAUGAACAUGUAAAAAAGCUUCAGGAAGAAUUGGCAGAGAUUCAGGCCCUGCUGAAAAUGGAUGGGAAGAUGUUGGAGCUUGCACUUGUGUCUAGGGCGACGGCGCAGGUCACCCUCAGCCUGAUCCCGUCGAGUGACGAUCUGGCCAACUGGGCCAAACUGGUCCUGAGAGAGACCUCACCUUCUGACUUCACACAGCUGGAUACAAAGUCACUUCUGGAUGCCAUCAAAAUGGAAGAAAUCCAAAGAUUAAUUGACCAAAAAAAGAAGAUAAUUGCAAUGAUGGAGGCAAACGCUGCAGAAACGUGCAAGAAAGAAGCUGAAAAGAGAGGCCAUCUUGAAAUGCAAGUAGCCAAUGAGGAGCUGAAGAUUCGGGAGCUGAUGAGAGAAUUGACGGGUCUGAAAUCAGACCUCCUCCUGCAGGAAACAAACAAAGGUGAAGACCUGAAGGAGGAUCCUGAACAGCCACAAGCUGCAAGUGGUGAAGGAAGACAUCAGCAGCACCAAAGGAAGGCUGUUAAAUCGCGUGUUAAUGAAAUCGCAUGUAAAUCGAGACCAAAAUCCGCCAACAAUGAGAAGAGUGUUAAACUGGUUCAGUCGGUAUCAGAAGUGUCAAAUCAGAAAUCUGGAGCAGGGAAAGGAGACCUAGUGAAGCUGGUAAAGGGAAGAGAGAGAAGGGAACAGACGGCGCCACUGAAAUCCCAGCAUCCUGUGGCUGGACUGAGACGAUCCAAACGCAUCGCUAACAGAAGCUAAAGCUAGACCAGUUGUUUGAAUUGGAGGCUGUAUUACCUCUUUUAUUGGGAGGAGAGUGAACUUUUUUUUUUAUAUGCAUAUUGAGUUUUCAUUAUUAUUAGAUAGCUUUUUACUUGUUUUUGUUCUCCAGUAUCAUUAGGAAUAAAGUUUGCUACUUCUGAUUAGCUUGCCAAAAGCCCUCUGCUAACUCUGUGCUGACUGUAUUUUGUGGUGGAGUGACUUUAAUUUUCAAUUUGUGUGCAACUUUGAUUGGGCCAGGAAUAUAAAAAAAAAUGAAGUUGUUGAAGUGGAUUCACCUGUUGGCAGACUCACAAAUCUGAAUUGACUUUGUCUGCUAGCAGCGCUUCUUCUAGGAUAUAAUCUAAGGUUGAUGUCCUUGGCGUAGAAAGGAAGUGAUACAAUCGCUGGGUGGUGUGGAUCUGUCAAACCGGCUCAUAUCUUCCUUGGCCAAGAAUUUAAUUGUAUGAUUUCUUGCAUCUCUAGCCUAUCUCUUGGGUUUUAUUUUUGUUAUUUUGAGUUUUUCCAACAUAUCUUUGUCCCCUUAACUCUGCUAAAGUCUAAAUAAAAGCUCUGAAAGACUUUCUGGAA